AUGUCAGACUUUGGCGAUUUCAAUUCCUCCAACGACCCUACUGCCGACUUUCUUGCACGCGAACGUGCCGUUCUUGGCGAAGAUGCCGACCUUUUUGCAUCGGGUGAUGCUACCAACACUUCACCCAGCCUUGAAGCCGACUUGAUGACUUCGCCCACCGGUGGUGAUGCACUUCCUGUUACAUCGCCUGGUGUUUCUUCCGCUAUUUCUCCUCAAGGCGUUACUUCUCCAGGUGCCGGUGAAUAUUCUGCCUUUGAGAGCGAGUUCCCCAAGGCUGAAGAACUCGAGACAUCGCAGGCUUUCCACAAGGCGAUGCUUCCUGAUGAAGAGCCCGAGGUUGUUCGUCAAUGGCGUGAGAAGCAAAAGGAAUUGAUCAAGCAACGUGAUGAUGAAGCUGAAGAGAAGAAGGCAGAAACUAUCAAGAAAGCACGUGAGGACAUUGAUCGAUUCUAUGAGGAAUACAAUGAAAAGAAGCAACGUGCUAUUGAGAACAAUAGAGAGCGCGAGGAACAACUUCAAAAGGAACGCGAAGAUGCUUCGUCUGCCAAUGUUUGGGAACGUGUUGUUCGUGAAUUUGAUGUGUCCAACGCAAAAUCAAGCUUUCACACUCGCGAUGUCAGCCGCAUGAAACAACUUAUGCUUGAUCUUAGAAAGGAUGCCAAUGCUCCUGGUACUAUUGUUGAUGCUUAA